ACACAGAGCCCGAAGGUUUCAAAGUACGUAUUCACUGCGCGCUUAUUUAAAAUACAUUGCAUUUCGGGACAAUUUCUAAGAAAAACAACCAUCAUAUUAUUCUUUAACUUCGAACGCAGACGGAGAAAUGAGUAUCAGUGGAAUUAGCCCCGCUGGUGAAAAGAUUUCAAAUUCCAGAUCCUGGAGAAAAUCGUGGGAUUUGGACGGAAGCAUUUUAUCAAACAGACAAUCAGGAACAGAAUGCUACCCAGAAUCUGAUUGUUUGAGGGAAGAUAAACAGAUCGCUUCAAAGGCGGUUCUGUUUGUUAUUAACAGUGCGAGGAAAGGGGCUGUCCCCUUGUGCUCAAGUAUUGCUGAACUACUUCGAGAAAAUAGACGAUUACAGAAAACUGUAGAAGCUCAAAAGAGAUUGAUCAAGCUGCUGAGGAGCACGCCGCCAGCUUUCCAGGACUGCAGUUCCACUGACUCCCAGACCUGCCCUUGCUGCAGCUCUUCUUCUACCAACUCAAAGACCUGCCCUCGCUCCAGCUUCUCUUUUACCAACUCCCAGACCUGCCCUCACUCCAGCUCCUCUUCCAGCAGCUCCUCCCCCUCCACCCUGCUCUCCACCACAGAGGACCGGUGGAGCCCCUCAUCCAGCUCAAGGCGACAGAGUUUAUCCUUGCAGGGAGAGAGUCGAAGCCCCCACUCUUCCGCUCUCCCUACUCUGGUUGCCUUGAAGGAGUCAGCAGACACCUUGACCAAAAACAGACCACAGGGCAAAGGGGUGCUUUCGACUCAUGCGAAGGAUAAUGUUGCUACGUUUCCUGCAGUCCAGGCUUCCAAUGCAGAGCACUGUCCCAGGCCUCAGAGCGCCCAGAGAAAGAAUGCAGGAAUGUUACAAGAGGAAGUUUUCAAGUAUGGAGGAGGUAUUCAAACACUCUCUUCCAAUGACCGAGAAGUUACAGAGAAUGAUGUGAAACACCAGCAAAAGGGAAACAACAAAACCAGGCGACUUCUGUCAGAGCAGAGAGAACAAGAAAUGAAUUUUUAUCUUCCGGGUCACAGCUCCGAAUCUAGUUGCUCUCUGGGACAGCUAGAUGUAUCGUCUACGGACAGGAAGCAGCAUUUGAAGCUGGAUGAUCGGGUGCUGAUAGAAAGGAAACUGAAAGGAGUUGUACGGUUUAUUGGAUACCUGGCCACUACGAACACCAAAGAGAUCUUUGUUGGUGUGGAGUUAGACAUGCCCUGUGGAGAAAGUGAUGGGGAGAUAUAUGGGAAACGAUAUUUCACAUGCAAACCCAACCAUGGCACCUUUACUCCAAUAUCUGAUAUCCAAAAGCUUUCUAAACCAACUGCCCUGCCUGAUUCAGGAAACACAGCAGUGAAUAUGCCAGACUCCAGCGACUCGGAUUGCAGCAAAAGUACCUCAAGGAAGAGCUGCAAGAGAUCACUUCGAAGGACAAGAAACCAGCUGCAUAUCAACGCCUUGGUUCACUGUGAGCCACUGAUCAGAAUCGCUAGUGACAAAAGCGCCGAGGCACACAGCAGUCCUCCAGUGCAGAGGAACUACAACAGAGCGACACCACUCCCUUCUCUGUCUCCUGGCUACACGACUGAAUGCUCAAGGCCAGUGGACGUGAAGGGGUUUCAGAAGGUUUUUUAAUCUGCAUAAUAAAAAACGGGGUUCCUUUUUCUGGUAUCGUUAUUUUGUUCAUUGUUAUUUUUCUACUGAUAUUAGGGGAGCAAGUUUAUCAUUUCUACUUGUAUGCUUCAGAAUGAGCAGCUUCUCUGUACAAGCCUGAAUAAUAAGUAAAUUGUAACUUGGAAAAUAUACAUGCCCAGGCUUCAGAUGUUUAAGAAUGAUAACUUUUUGCAAUGGCAACUUAACUGGAAAAUGCAGCCCCUACAACUAAACAGAUAUUUCCCUUCAGUGGCUCACAUGAUCCUUUAAUAUGACAUGUGCGUCUCCCUCCCAAGUUGGGUAGAGUGGUUUAAUCUGUAUUGUUUAGUGUAAAGUUAGGGCUUCUGAUUUUCGGUUUUUAUUCAUUUCAUUUUUCUGUGCUUAUUUUUAGCUGUUUUCGAGUUUAAUGUAAAUUUUGCGCUUUUUAUAUUGUUAUAGUGUUUUCGGUUACUUUCCAAAAUUCUUGGACGUUUUUUUUCUGUCACAAUAUAUAUGUAUGAACUGGACGGUACUUGCACACUUCAAUUGUACCUUCUUUCCUUUGCUGUCUUCCACAACUAAAUCGUUAUGGUCACAACCAUAUUCUUCUGAUGUUUCUGUGUGUUUAGUCAUUUUUUUGAAUUUCAACACAAUUUUUAAUUCAGCUUUAAAUUGGUAAAAUAGGUUUAUAUCACUUGAGGAGGAAUAGUCCUCCGCUUCUAGUAACUGUAAUCUCGUUUUAAAUCUUGCACGCAUGUUACAAGUCCUCCAAUAGAAAUGUGUGAAUGUGCUGUCACUCAGU